AUGACAUCCGCCGACGUGGUGGAUCAACUCGUUCCCGAGGUGCCCGAGAGCUGGUUUCGAUGGCCAUCCGGAUGGGGUGAUUUAAGUAAAAUCUCGCAGAUUCAGACUUGCUCAAGAGGAACGUUGGCUUCUGUCCAGGCUCAGAUCAUCUACUCGAUCGUUCUUACUCUUGUUGGACGCCUAGCCACUCGCUCUCCGACUUUCGUCCAUCGCUGGCUUCUCAACCCGUUCCUCGUCUUCCUCGGCUAUCUCUCGCUCGUGCAAUGGCUCGACAACCCUUUCGUGAUCAGAACAGCUUUAAUCGGCUCGAUCAUUUCCGCUGUCAUCAUCAAGUAUGCCUCAUGCAAAUGGAGUGGAUAUGGAUUCACCUUGGCUGCUCUUGGAUACAUCGUUGCUCUUGAAUACCGUCUACCAGCCAAUCAAUUCACCGCAUCGCGUGGUUGUCUGAUGAUUUUAGCGAUGAAGCUCUCAGCUCUUGCAUUCGAUUUUCAAAAGUCGCUGGCUCGCAGACGGACUGCCGAUCUCCCCUCAAUGGUCUCCUAUUUGAUCUCUCCAGCCACUAUUCCAUUCGGUCCAUUCUUCACUUUUGAUCAACACCUUCGCUCGUUAGCCCCACAAAAGUGGAAGCAAGAAUUCCAAUCACUCAUCAAAGCCUCAUUCGCUUUAUUGAUUGCCGGUUUCUGUCUUGUUUACUCAUCUUGCAUCAUCGAGCUCGUCUUUCCCAAAUGCCAAUGUCUCAAGGAGUAUGGAAUCGCGCAAUCUUUCCGCUUCUCACACUAUUUUGUGUGCUUCUUGUCGCAAGCGUUGGCCCAACUCUCUGGAGUGAGCACUGUCGCCGUGAAUCCUCAUCUCAUCGAGAUCCCAUGGUCAAUGAAAGAUGUGGUCGUUGCUUGGAACAUUCCAAUGCACAAUUACCUCAAGAAAUACAUCUUCAACGAGGUUCACCGUUUUGGCGGCGUGUUGGCUCUUGCGGCUACUUUUGCCACCUCAGCCCUCUUCCACGGAUUGAAUUUCCAACUCUCCACUGUGCUCUUCUCACUUGGAUUCUAUUGCUAUGCUGAGCAUGAGCUUCGUGAGAAACUCUCAAAUCGCUUCGUGUUGUCGCGUUUCCGUCGCGGAAAGCGUAAUUGGGCUGCUCUUAUCAUCAACGCGAUCUUCUUGGUGAUCAACGUCUAUCAUUUGAUCUAUUUGGGAAUGGUGUUUGAUGGAAGUCAAAGUGAUACUGGUUACUCCUCAAAGCAUACACUUUCCGUGUGGCAACGUCAUCACUUUGUCUCGCCGGCGAUCGCUGCUGUCACCUAUCUUCUCUCUGUUCUUCCAAUUUUC